UGGUUGGCUUCUCUUGCAGCUCUGGGGCAUGGAGGGGAAGGAGAGGUGAGGAGAGCCGGCCCCCCGCGCACCCUGCCCCACACCGCACCUUGGAGCAUCCACCUGAGGGGGACCAGCGAUGCCUCUGGGGAUGAAUAAGCAUGGAUCUCGCUCUACUACCUCUUUGCCUCCGGACCCCAUGGAGAUCGUCAGGAGCAAGGCCUGCUCCCGCAGGGUCAAGCUCAAUGUGGGGGGGCUGGCCCACGAGGUUCUCUGGCGGACCUUGGACAGGUUGCCACGGACCAGACUGGGUAAGCUUAGAGACUGCAACACACACGACUCCCUCAUGGAGAUCUGUGAUGACUACAACCUGGAGGAGAAUGAGUACUUCUUUGACAGGCACCCCGGGGCAUUCACCUCAAUCUUGAACUUCUACCGUACUGGCAAGCUGCACAUGAUGGAGGAGAUGUGCGCCUUGUCCUUCAGCCAAGAGCUGGACUACUGGGGGGUGGAUGAGAUCUACCUGGAGUCCUGCUGCCAGGCCCGCUACCAUCAGAAGAAGGAGCAGAUGAAUGAGGAGCUGAAAAGAGAAGCUGAGACAUUGAGGGAAAGGGAAGGGGAGGAAUUUGAUAACACUUGCUGCGCUGACAAAAGGAAAAAGCUCUGGGACCUCCUGGAGAAGCCCAACUCCUCUGUAGCGGCCAAGGUAAGACUUCCACAUUUCUUCUUAAGUCUUGUGUAUGCUGGCUCAUGACUCUGAUGAUGCUUACCUGAGGUGUCAACUUGCUACCCUUGCUUUAGGGUCUUGGCAAUUGUGGCUCAAUAGAUGCUAUGAGUACAGGAGAGAGAGACCUCCCAAGUGUGAAUGAGGCUUAAUGUAUAUAUUUUCGGUGGUUUGGAAGAGAUUCAGUUUGCUCUGCCCUGAGGACAGCCUAGACUGGACAGUGUGAGAACAGCUCCAGUGACCCCUGGGUCAGCAUAUGCUGGUUGCUGUGGCUGGAGUUUAGUAGACUUGGUUUUUGAUAGUCUGUCUUGAUGCAUUGUGUAACAGAGAUUUCUUGG